AUGGUCACCGUCACCACGCUCAUUCCCAUCACCUUCAUCAUCACCGUUACCAUCCCUGUCACCAUCACCACCAUUGUCACCAUCACUACCAUCACUGCUGUCAUGGUUACCGUCACUGUCACCAUCAUCAUCCCCAUCCCCGUCACGACCAUCGUCGCCACUGCCAUCACCGUCACCAUCCCCAUCACCGUCAUGAUCGCUGUCACCAUCCCUGUCACCAUCAGCAUCCCCAUCACCACCAUCAUCACCAUCACCGUUACCUUACCGUCCCCAUCAUCGUCAUCAUCCCCAUCACCACCAUCGUCACCGUUGCCAUCACUGUUGCCAUCACCAUUACCAUCCCCACCACCAUCAUCAUCAUCACUAUCACUGUCACCAUUGUCACCAUCACCGUCCCUGUCACCAUCUCCAUCACCACCAUCAUCACCUGUCACCAUCGCCAUUACCGUCACUGUUACGGUCCCCAUCAUCAUCAUCAUCCCCAUCACCACCAUCGUCAUUGUUGCCAUCGCCAUCACUGUUACCAUCUCCGUCACCAUCACCACCAUUGUCACCAUCACCGUUACUGUCACCAUCACUAUUCCCGUCACUGUCACCAUCACCGUUACUGUCACCAUCACCAUCCCUGUCACUGUCACCAUCAUUGUCACCAUCACCGUUACCAUCACCGUUACCAUCCCCAUCACUGUCAUGAUCACUGUCACCAUCACCAUCCCUGUCACUGUCACCAUCACCGUUACCGUCACUGUUACCAUCCCCAUCACUGUCGUGAUCGCCGUCACCAUCCUGUCACCAUCCCCAUCCCUGUCACCAUCGCCAGCCUCAUCACCAUCCGGGCGACGGUAA